AAUUGAACCGAUAUUUUCGAUUCGUUAGAUUUUGAUAUACACUUUUUCAAAGUUCUAAUAGAUUUCGUUAGUUUCGGAUAUAUAUGGUUAGUUCAAUUUGAGAUUUUAUUAUUCUUUAAAAAAACUGAACUAGUACCGAACCGAUUCAAAAAUCAAAAUAUUUUAUAAAUCUUAAAAAAACCCACCAAGAACUGCAACGACAACAUGCACCAAAAUUGUAUUAGCAAAUACAUAGUAAGCCUCUAAUGUGAUCUACAAGGGCGGUAUUAAGCAUGCCAAUAAAAUACAAUCUUGAUGCAGGUUGCUAUUGCAGUUUUUUGGAGGCUUAGCCUGAUCUUGAUAAAUUUGCGGUACUUUUUUUUGCCUGAUUUUUUUUUUGAUUUUACUGUUCAAGAUUGCAUCGAGGUCCAAAAAAACCAGCAAAUAAGGUUGCAUGAUUUCAUCCGGUCUGAACCUCUCACGCAGUUAUAAGGCGUUAACAGUUAAAGUCACCUAAAGUCAAACAAUCCAAGCCGGUGCAAGCGAAAAGGAGUGACCAUGCUCCUUAAAGGUAGCACUACAGUAACACAUGUUCUAGGUUCUAUAAGAAGAAGAAGCAACACCAACAUAUUCGAAUCUUCCUUUGAUUGACACAAGUCAAAUAUGCAUUUGAAGACUUAAUUUGUGUUUCGUAUUGAAAAUUUGAAAUUAUGAAUUAUGACUCGUUAUCGAGCGUUGGCUUUCGUUCUAAAAUACCAAUUAUAUAUAUUUUUCCAUUUCUUUUGUUUUUUCUACUUCUGUUUUUUUUUUGUUAAUUAUCUUAUAUGGUGUAAAUAAAAGACCCUGGAAAAUCGAAGAAACUAAUCUUUUCUGGUAUCAAUACACGUCCAGUUUAACAAAAUCGAAGAAAUAAUUAUCAAACUGGAAAAUACAAAUCACUUUACAUAUUUUUAUUUGUAAAAUUUAUAUGAUUAAAUAGUUAAUAUGGAAUAUAUCCUACAAAUCUUUUGAUAUCUUCAGAUUUUCACACAAGGCUUUGAACUCUAUUUAAUAAGAUUAUAUAUAAGAAAAGUAAAUCGACGAUAUCUAAAGAUAUGCUUGAUGGAAUGGAGAUAGAUAGGUCUUUUUGGCAUACCAUGAAAUAAACGCAUAGCAAGAGUAUCAUUUGGCAAGAACUCUGCAACAAGAAGCCUUUCAUCUCCAUCAGCGCAACACCUGAUCAAACUGACGAAUCUCUUGUGUUUCAACUCCCCAACUCUCUUGGCCUCUUCCUGGGAAACGUAGUAAGAAACAAAAUCAACACCCACCAAGCGAACAGUAACGAACAAGAAACAGUACAUCAAAUUUCUCUGGAUCAGACCAAGAAUUUGUGUUGAACUUCUUGAUGGUGAUGGAGCCAAAGUUGUGCAAAUCUCCCUUGUAGACACUGAAAUUCUGGGUGGCCUUCUCAAGAUCAGAGAAGGAAAACUUCGUGAAAGGCAUCACUUCCUUCUCGAGCUUAGAAUCCGGGGGAGCAACACCAUGCUGAAUCUGAGGUUGACUCUCCAUGGAAGAUGAAACAGAAAGAAAGAGAGAUCCUCUGUUUCCGUAAGAUAAGAGAGCGUUAAAAAUCCUCUGAAAGUUUCAGUUAGAGAGAGAGAAAGAUCGAGGCGAGAAUCAAAAUAUUGCAUCCAUCUAACAUUUUAUAUACUUAUAUCCCUCACCAUGCCAUGUGUAGAGUAGCUCCGGGAUCUCUAAUGCACUUCUUUUAUAACAGACACACUAUAAUGUAAGCUCAAGAUUACGCAUCUUGAUCAUUGAUCGUCAUCUUCUGAUUUUUUUUUUGUGUUUUUCUCACUUAAGAAAUUUGCGUGGGAGCGACACUAGCUUUUCAAAGCUCGAACUUGCUAGUGCCUAGUGGCUUUUUUCUUUAGUGCUAGUGGCUUAGUAUGUUCCUUAAAUUUAUUUUAUUAAUUUUUAGGUUGUAUGUUUUGUGAACGGGACAAUUUGUGUUGGUGGUAUAAUUUAUGAGAAAAUGUUCUUGUGAUGUAUAGUAUAACUAUAAACAUAUUUUAUGUCAACAAAAUAUAAGGAAAAAAUCAUCUUUUUUUUUUAACUGAAAAAGCAUCUCUUCAUAGUUAAAGGGUUUAAAUUUACACUGCCAUGAUUUAAUUAGAGGCAUCUUAUACAUUUCUAGGAAAUUCAUAUUAUAUUCUAAAGAAACCAAAGUAAAAUUUUAAUUUACUAGCAUGCGGUAUUAGAGGAAUUGAAGUUGAACAGAAACGAUCAGAGCUCACACUCUCGUGAGGGAGAAGAAAAUGAACUCAAGAUAAGAAAAUGAAUAAUGUUUCUGUUAAUUGUAAAUGACAUGUAAAAAGUGUUUAUAUACAACAUAAGCUAUCCCGUUUAUACCGGUUCUAACUAACCAAACCACAAACCAACUAUACAUACUCUAAUAUGCGGUUUGAGCUAGUGACCCUAAGAUCUGAAACAUUUUCCAAUUCACACACUUAUUAACGAAAGAUAUAGUUGGAACCUGAAGCUGAAACAUUAAAGCGUUCGUGCCACUCCAAGAAUGAAAACGGUGUUGGAACCUGAAGGCUGAAGCUGACAUUAAAGUGGGCAAUUAUACGUGCAACCUUAUUGAAAAUUAUUUCGGAUUUAAUCAUUCAGGAGACUUGAUCACUGGUUUGCAGGGACAAGAGGUUUGGCAUAAGCUCCAACCCAAAAAUUGAAGUAUCACCAUGCCGAAGGUAAGACUUUAUUUGCUUCAAUAAUGUAUGUCUCUACAUCUAAUCUAUACUCUUUGGCGUCAGAGUAGUAUAAACAAUAUUUCGGGAGGCUGCCUUAGUUUUAAAAUUAUUUGGGGUCUCAUCCCAACAAAUCUACAAUCUUAUUUUUAUAAAACUAAAAUUUAUAUUCAAUAACUAUACAGAAAAUAAUCUAAACAAAUCUAAGAUGUAAAAAUCUUCAUAUGGAAGCACUCAUUUAGACUUAGUCACUUAUAAAUGCUUUUUAAGCGAACAACAAUUGUAAAUUUUAUAAUAGAGUGGUAUGUAUAAUUUAUGUUUUUACAUAUUGAAAUUGCAAACAUUUUUUAUAUAUAGUUCAUUUUGUGGCUUCAAUCACCAUAAAUUCAUAUUCAAACUUCCAAACAUAAGGAGAAUAAAAAGUUCAAUCACCAUAAAAUAAAUAAAUUAUAUGAAAGUAAAUUUGCUAAUGCGUAUUUUCAUGUAUCAACAAAUCUGCAGUUUCUUCGAACUUCUCCAUCGACCAAGCUCUACUUCUGUUUUAUUUUUGUUAAGUUUCUUUUCCGGUAUAAAAGACUAUACGCGUUCAGUUUAACAAAAUCGAAGAAAUUAAUUAUCAUACUGGAAAAUACUAAUAGUUUACAUAUUUUUUUAUUUGUAAACUUUAUAGAAUUAAAUAGAUAAUAUGAAAUAUAUCUUGCAAAUUUUUGAUAUCUUCAUAUUUUCACAAAAGGCUUUCAACAUUAUUUAAUAAGAAAAGUAAAUCGAUGAUAUCUCAUUCUAAAAAAAUCAUGAUCCAUGGAAUGGAGGCAGACAGGUCAGGUCUUGUGGCACAUCCAAAACGUUCCUUGGCUGGAAAAUUCUUCACAAGUCUCGUACCACCGUCCCUUGACAGAACAGAAAGCUCACUGCGGCAGCAAUGGAAACUUUCAGGCAGCUUGAAGGUUCUCCCUAUGGAGAAAGACAAUAUUAUCUUAUUUGAGUUCGAGAAGAAGAGAGACAAGAAAGAGGUUGUAAAGGGUGGACCUUGGAACGUAGAUGGCACCAUAUUAGUCCUCAAGAAGUGCUCACAAGACAUAUCCAUGGUCGAUCUUGAUUUCUCUGUUGCUUGCUUCAAGGUCAAGGUAAUAGGCCUACCCAAAUUUAACUACACAGAAGAUGAUGUUGAGAAGAUUGCGAAAAAGCUUAGUGAUAAGCCAUUGAUUUCAUAUAAAUAUAACGAGUUUACAAGACUCUUUUGUGUUAGAGUUGAGAUAGAUUUGAAAAAGCCUCUGCCUCCCGGCUUUUACAUUAAUGGUAACGGUCGUGGGCCACCGUUCGUUCAGUUCAAGUACAAGAACCUUGGUGAGUUCUGUGAACAUUGUGGUAUGAUUAACCAUAGGAUAUGUGGAGAAGCCGCAAAGAUGAGACCUUUGACCCGCAAGUUUAAAACGCGUGUGUAUGGACCAUGGCUUAGAUGCGACCAUAAAGUAUUGGCUUGUAAUGGUUUACCCGUGAAGUUUUACUAUUCUCAGCCUAAACCGUUUGUUGACAUGGGUUUAACGUACGAGGAGACAGUUACUUACGCUCAGUUCAUGGUUGUGGUUCAAGUUGAUCUUGUUUACAAGAGCGAGCAAGAAUGGGGAGGCAAGAAACUGGUUCGUUCCUUGUUAGUAAGUGGGGACAAUGACUGCUUCCGGUUUUCUUGUUUUCCGACACAAGUCAUUAAGGAUGUUUUAGCGUUUGAAAUCGAUAGGAUCUCACCUCUGGCGAAGUUGACGUCAGAGGACAAGACCAGCAUCGUCCUUGGCCUCGUGGCUGGCUUGAUGAAGCAGAGGAAGACUUGGUCGAAGAAGAGAUGGAUUCCUUGCAAAGUUCGUGUCGAGAAAACAGUAAUGGUGCCACCAGUGGAUAUGGAGGUUAUGCUUGAAGAAGCCAAAGAUAAAAAACUUCAUAAAACCAUUGAUAUCAAUAUUGUUAAAAUGGUAGGCUUCCCUUUAGGUAAGUCAGACGAUGUACUGAGGAAGACUAUUCGGGAUGCGAUCCGUGGGGUCGGUCAGACUCAGUUCCCAGAUUCUUAUGUUGAGUCGUGGGUGAGAUUGGUGAAAAGGCCAAAAUACUAUUCCAGAUUAAUUUUGGAAAAAGAUUGUCACAAGUGUGUCAAGGUGCUUGGCCCUGAUAUGGAUAUGUUUGGCACAUGUUGUAUAUGUCAAGAAGGUUUCUUUCUUGGAGACUACGCAACAAUUACUUCUUGUUCUCAUGUUUUCCACUCAAGCUGCAUAACAGACUGGAUUAAUAAAUCCACCAAGUGUCCACUCUGUCGUGUCCAGCUUGAAGUAUAUACUCUUAUGAUUUAAACCAAAGUCAAGGCUUUGAUAUCGAGUCUUUAUGUCUUUAGUGCAAUGGACUGGUGAUAUCGAUCGAGUAUUUUAUGUCUUUAGGCUUUGAUAUCAUAAAGGACACACAUCUUCUUCUUUUUUUUUUUGACAAAACACACAUCAUUCUUUCCAGAAAGACUUUCGAUACAAUUUUUUUUAUUAUGCUAUUUUGCGAGAUUAUCUUCAAAAAAACACUACACAGCAUAUGGGUCGGGUCUCCUAUGCCCCUUUCAGUUGGUAUCAGAACAUCAUAAGCUUCUUUAAUGCAUGAAAAGCUGAAUUAAUGCAAGAAACCGCCUUUUUUUUACUGAAUGCAAGAAACCCUUUAAACACAAGCUUCAAUACAUUUCGGAUGGGAACCGUUUCCACAACUUUCACUAUUAAUUAAAGGGAUUUCCACAAACCCUUUAAACGCUUGUUUGUAUGUAACAUACCAAAAAAAAAAAACUACAAA